AAGAGACCAAAGAGAAGAGAAAAACACCGCACACAUCCUAUCGUACAGCCGCCGAACGGUAACACAACGCUCAGAUCGUCUGGCUAGGCCCAAGUUCGUUUAUAUAGCCGCCUUUUUCGUACACACAGGCCAGCAGCAAUAGCCAAUUGAGCCUAAAGCGAGACUCUCGGUUAAUUUACUACAGUAUAUACACAUAUAUACACUCCAUAGACUUUGGAACGGUGCGUGCGCCGCAGCGACCCGCAGUCACUCCUAGUCACUCGCGAGAGACAAGACUCGGCAAAAGACAAGACGUCCCCAUACUCCGGCAGCGUACGCUCAGUUCUGUGUAGCAGCUCGUCAGCAGUGAACAGUAGUUAGCUGAGCAACCUCGUGCGUCCGUGCCUACGUGUAUACGGCCGUUCAUCCUCUCUCGCAUUCGCUUUUGUAACGAACCAACCUAAAAACACAUAAACGACAAUGGGCGACAAUCAGGAACAGAAACCCGACUCAGGCCCAGGCGACGCCAACUCUGAGUACAUCAAGCUCAAAGUUGUCGGCAAUGACAGCAACGAAAUCCACUUCAGGGUGAAGAUGACCACGCAAAUGGGCAAACUCAAAAAGUCCUACAGUGAUAGAGUGGGAGUACCCAUGACAUCGCUAAGGUUUCUCUUUGAUGGAAAACGAAUAAAUGAUGAAGAGACACCAAAACAAUUGGAAAUGGAAAAUGACGAUGUAAUUGAAGUAUAUCAAGAACAGACAGGAGGAUAUCACUAGAGCACAAGUUGUAAACUUCAUACCUUUGUGUAAUUAUUUUCUAAAUAGUGACUGUAAUACAGCAUGGGAAAGUUUUUUCAUUGAACAAGGAACCCUAAUAAUAGUCUUGAUUUUAUUUGAUUUUCUGUAAUUGGAUGUGAAGGUUUACAUUCCCCUCAUAAACCUCUGUUAUAAUGAUGCACAUUCAUGAUUUAAUAAUAGUUUAUUAUUAUAAUUUAGUUUUUUCUUUUUUCAUUUAUUAAAUUCACAUCUUCACCACUAAUAUUUGUACAGUGGCAUUAUGCUAUUACUUUGACAUCUCUUAUUCGCCACUGUACAGACGUUAUUGGUAGGCAUUUUCUGAAAAUUGAUACGGUUGCGCAUUUUAGGUAUAAGUUAAACUGAUUAUUCAAGAGAUUUUUUUAGUGAAUUAACAUUUGUUAUAGCGUGGAAAAGCAUUAUCGAAAUAUGUGAACUAGCUACAGAAUAAAUGUUGUAUUCAAUUUAUAUACAAGAAUGUCGCAAUGAAUUAAAGUAAAUUAACCUUUUAACUUCGCUAAAAA